AUGACCAAGACAGUCGGCCUCAUUGGCGGGUUCUCCUGGCAGUCUACCUCUGUCUACUACAAAGAGAUCAAUGAGCAUGUGAAUGCAAGGCAGGGGGGUCUUCAUUCCGCCAAUCUCUUGAUUAGAUCCAUCGAUUAUGCAGAGCUUGCCGCCAUGGUCAGUCAAAAGGACUAUAACGGCAUGACCAGAAUGCUCUGCAAGCACGGCCAGGAGUUGAAGGACGCAAAUGCACAAGCCCUCGUCUUGUGCGCUAACAUCGCGCACAAAGCUGCUGAAUCUUUGGAGCAGUCAUCUGGCCUGCCUGUGUUACACAUUGUGGAUUUCACGGCACAAAAAAUCAACACUUUUGGAUUCAAAAAGGUUGGACUGUUGGCAACCCGAGCAGUGAUGGAGGAGGACUUUUACAAGGCCCGCCUUCAAGGAUUCGGCUUGGAGAUCGCUAUCCCUAGCGAAGAAUUCAGAUCUACAGCAGACAACGACAUCUUUGUUGAAAUGAGUAAGGGGACAAUUCCUCAAGACGUCAGGUCUCGAUGGCACGAAGCCUACAGACUUCUUUUCCAUGAACAAGGAGUUGACUGCGUGAUUUUGGCUUGCACGGAACUCCGCCUUGUCUUCGUUCCGGUAGAUCUGUCAGGCCCAACUUUUGAAACAACAACAAUACAUGCUGGAGGGAUCGCAGAGUGGGCACUGGCUUAG